AUGGCAGAGUCCGAGGGUUCUGAAUGGCAACGCGAGCCGUUACCAGAUUUCUUGAGAAGUCCGGGGCUACAGAAUUUUAUCAAGGAAGUUUACAAGGGCAAAAAGGCCAAGCCAUAUCCUCAAGAUGUUGGCCUCCAUAAUUUUGAAUUGGAUCUCGGCGAUGCAGCUUAUGAGUACGCUGUAUCGGAUGGGCCUGUUAAGCAAAUAUGGGGAAAUUUGAGCCAGUGGUUCAAUGCAGAACAUGGCUACGACAGCACCUUGCCAAAAGUAGCUCCCCCAAAAGAAUCCGACGAGCUCGACAUACAGUCGAAAUACAAUGAUUUGUUUUGGGAUAGUCACAGCAUUGACUCGAUUGCAAAACGAAUCGCAAGUCAUGCGCGGGACGAAAAUUCAGAUCCACCCAUCGAUUAUUAUCAUAAACCAAAGCCUUUCUUGCGUGGCUUGAUUGACUUUCAAAAUCUCUUUGGUCACAAUGCUGCCGAAUCCCCUCUCGCUGGGUAUAGUAAGCAAAAUCUGCGCGAGGAUUUGAUUGCUGCGUCCUUGUUUCAUCAUAUUGCGACGACUAUUUUGAAGAAUCCCUUCUUCUUCUUGGAUGAUGUAAAAAACCUGAAUGGGACAGUGGUCGGUCCGCAUAAUCCUGUCGACAAAUUAUAUCAUAAUCUCCUCCAGCAUGAAUCUCUACAAAACCAGCUUGUUGCUAAAUCCUUCCGAGCGCAUACCCUUAGAUUACUUAGGCCUCGAGAAGAGUACAGCCAUAGCAAAAGCAUCGCAGCCAGAACAAAUGGCAAGAUUCGGAGAGUAGCACAAGCUCGAGCAAGACAAUGGUUGAGAAGCGAGGCACAGGAUCUUUGGCUGCCGACCAUCGUCAAAAUUGACGAACAUGAAGUUGAGAUUCUUUACGAAAGAGCUGCGGAGUUAGCAAUUGAGGUUGCUUCCAUGACAUGGACGGACAUUCAAAUAGAAACAUUGGAAGAUUAUACGCCUUUGCCACACCCCACUAUUCCUUGCCUCCCUUUGUUAUUCUGGAAACAUUAUAAAGCCGAUCCAGCUUUGCAUCAUAUUUCAGACAUGUCGAAGUAUCUUUUUGGAGACAUUCCCGUGCCACCAAAAGACCUAAAAGUUCUGAACGAGCUCGAAAAGCAGGUCAAACUGGUCAGAUGCAGGCUUGUUAUAUAUGUGCACAUUGAAAAUCCUACAAAUCUCGAAACAGGUCACCCGUAUCUUGAGGUCGAAGGGUACCCGUUCCCAGACCCGGUCCAGGUCAAUAAAUGCCCAGAACAAAUAUAUCUGGAACUACCAGAAUUGGAGAAGCAAGAGCCUGAUCCUGGGAAGCUAGAAAGGGUUUACAGUGAUGAAGACUUGGACAGACCGCCUCCGAGGUCUCGCGGUAUACUUGGAGGAAAACUCACCUGGCGAAAAGUGUGGAAGUUCUACAAAUGGCUCUUCUACUCCGCUCUCUAUUAUAUUCCGUUUUACGCGGUGGCGCUGGGAGUUCCUUUUAUACUUGCAUGGGGCUUUUACAAACUUUUCUCCCUUGGGGCUGACGAGGAGGUAGAUUGGUGGUUUUUGCCUAAUAUUCGGAAUCUAUUUUACUCUUGGCGAGAUGCGUUGUCCUCAUACUUCCUCGGGGCCCUUGGCUGGCUGGGGGUCUUGAGGUUGUAUGAUCUAGCGAUGACUGUUCUCCAUAACUUUUUUGGUCCAUGGUUUGAAACCUUUGCUCACGGGAGGGAAUCAGCCCUUCAUUCCGUCACAACUUCAAGAGAAUACAUGUCUGGCUUGUAUGAUGCCACAGCGGAAUAUGUCGUUUCCACAAGAAUGUGGAAUCUCCUACCUGAUGAAUGGGGAUUCCUAAUUGGCUUCCUUUGCUUUUUUAUUCCGUCUGCCAUUCUAUAUCAUCUGGUGGGCGGGGCCGUUGCAGAAGCACCAGGUCCAGCUCGAUGGUAUAUACGUCCGCUCAUGAUUGUUUUCUUCAUCUGCCAGCUCUUCUGGUUUGAUUUUGUACGAAGCGCGCUUACGGAUUUUACUGGUUACGUAUCUGAUGUACCGAAAAUUGUGAUGGAUAUGUUCGAGAGUUUAUUGAAUCUCCCAGAAACCUUCAGCUGGAUGUUAGAAUGGAUUUCAGGAAUUGGUGGCGAUACGAGCGUCUCUAUUAUACCAGAAUUCGACCCAAGUCAGCCUGGGAUUUCGAUGAAACCAGAGCCAGAGCCAGGAACAUAUGAUGAUGUUCCAAAGCCUUUCCAAUUAAGCCCAGAUGUGGAAAAGACACUUUCAGAAUCAACGCUUGGAGACUCAUUAACAGGGUCAAAAAUUGGGGAGGCAGUACUGAUAUCGCAUCUUUCAAAAGAACAAGGAUCAUUGGGUAUCAGUGAAAUGCUAGAGCACUCGGAACUUGGCCGAACGUUAGGAGAAUUUGGAUUUGAUCAAUCGCUCGUAGGGAGAGAAGGCAUCGAGGAAGCCUUGAAAGGGUCUUUGCUCGGAUACAUAUUAACAGGGUCUGAUACUGAAAAGAGGCUAGUAACUGCACAGCUAGGAGCCACAUUAGCAAAACCAGACCUUGCAGAAGAGUUUGUAGAAUCGGAAAUCGCGAAAACUUUAACACAAUCAGAACUCGCAGAACGAAUAACCGAAGCCUUAAACACUGAACUGGGCUUGGAAAUACUAGAUACGGGACUGGGGAGGCACGCGAAGAAAGUACCAUCUGUGUCAAUGCUUGGAAAAGUACUAUCCGGACUCAAUCUGGCAGAAACGCUAGAAGGGUCGUUGCUUGGGAAAAUAUUAACGGGAUCAACUUCGGGACCUAUUCUUCCAGUAGAAGCUCUUACUGCGUGGGAAGGACUCGCACCACCAGAACCAUAUAUUCCUGGAACACUUCUUAUAGGGGCAGGACCUACUACGCCGAUUCUUACGAAGAUAAUGACAAUAGUCAUGAAGCCAAUAAUGACAUUACUCAGCCCCUUUCAAUUGAUAGGAACGAAGAUAGUAUCGGUACUAAUGAAAGCACCAAUGAUAGAAUCUCUUCUACCGGCAUUGACGACAGUAGCGAACACAGCUCUGAAACCAUUGGGUCCGGUAAUAGGUUUCUUGAGCGGUUUCUCCUCUACCACCGAGCAAUCAUCUGACCAAAAGCCGGGAUAUACUCCAGGAACUGGCGCACCAAUCGCGGAAUCUGUUCUCCCAAUAAUAGCGAAAGCGUUCACUAUAAUUUUGAAGCCAAUUGCAUCAUUAGUGGCCAUGUUCUCCGAUUCAUCGUUUACCGAUUCGACGAUCUCAUACCUAAAGAUAUCUUUCGAUCCAGCUAUGGUGUCACUCUUCACCACAUGGGUAUUAUUUCCCGUGCUUGCAUCGGGCUUCUACAUAGCUGUACGGCGCUACAUAGAUGCCUGGGGGCAACCCGUACCCCCGCAGGAGGAGGAUUUUCCUCCACCACCGAACAGAAUACGUAAUUUAUUCACCUAUGUCUCGCGUAAGAUUCGCUCAGCUUAUCACUCAUUCUGUCGAUUUCUCGGUUUGUUGGGUCAUCUAUUCAAAUAUGUUUUCCGUCCAUUUGCAUUUCUCCUUUACCCGUUCAAGCGGCUUUACGCCUUGGUUGCCUAUAUUCUUCGCCCAGUCCGACGGUUGGGCUAUCCAUUCGUUUAUAUUUAUGGUCAGAUUACCAGAUUGGGUGGUUAUAUUUGGCAAUCAAUAGUUCAUCGAAUACCACCAGGACGCUAUCUAUUUAUCCAAUUACUGACUCUCUUUGUAUUUACAAUCUAUACCAUUAUGCCUCUAUUGGAAUAUGCUUAUUGGCUGUUCUUGCAAUUCGAAGAUUACCGUCACCCGAGACCUCCACUGCCCCAAUUACCAUUCAUCAAUAGGAUAAUGGGGUUUUUUAUGCGCGCAUACGAAAUAGUUCUCCAAUUAUUCGCAGACAUAGGACAGAAAUUAUCAGAUUUGUACAAUGUUUUACGCUUGAACCUUGCUCCUCUCCGAGGGAUAAUCGACGCAAUAAUAUUCUUAUACAGACAAGUUUCUCGCACCUGGAACAUUUUUUUCCGCACUGUAAGAGUGAUUUAUUAUUCGACGGCUUUUUUGGCCUAUUUAAUGUUGGGAUUGGAGACACAUGUCUUUUUUAUCCCCGGACAAAGUCCAGAAAUUCUUCUGGCUCUCCGAGCUAUCUGCUCUUUUCUUUGGAAGGAACCUUUCGUUCAAGUUGUAGUUCCUGUUAAUGAGGAUGAUUUAGCCUAUCGUCACUUUCCUGGGUAUGCCCAGGAUCGUCAUCGCUCUCUUCCUCAUCCACAAUGGUUUCCCUUUUUCCAUUUGCUGAUUGGGAUAGCUAUCGGCCUUUUUACAUAUCUUACCGCAGGUGAUCAUCCUAGUGGCCGUGAUUCUCUUCUUCGUACUAGUGACUUGAACUCGACCUUGGAUGAAUUAUUAAAAAAUUGA